GUAUUAAACUUAAACGACUUAAAAUCGUACACGAAAAAUGUUUUACCUGAAAAUAGUUUACAAGAAAUUAUACAAAAUGUAACAACAAAACGAAAUGAUCCUUCUUUUGAAGCACAAUUACAUUCUGAUGAAAUUAAUUUAGAUAUUCAAGCAAAUGAAAUUAAAUCACAGAUUUUAUUCUUAGAAGAAUCUUUGAAAGAAUCGACUGAAACUGAAGAUAAAGAAUUAGGAGAAAAACAUUUAGCUCAUUUGCAAGAAGAAUACAAACAUUUAAUAGAAAAACUAAUGCAUACCCAAGUCUCACAAUUAGCGUUGGAAAAGCUAAAAGAUGAACCUCUGGAAGUAACGAAUCUCUCACCUAUUAUUGAUCUUAUUGAAGCAAAACGAAAUUCUUUAACAACUCAACUUAAUGAGCUAAACACAUUAGAAGGUGGAACUGGUUCAGUUCUUUCUUCACAACUAGAUUUAACAAAUGAUGAAAAAAUUGUCAUUUUAAAGAAAUUGCAAACUCAUUUUGCAAAUAUAUCCAAAACAGAGAAAUUCGAUUUUCUUAAUGAAAUUUCAACAAAUUAUAAUAAAGAAGAAUAUGUGGCAAAUUUAAAUUCGGAAAUUGAAAAAUUAACAUCUGAAAUGCAUGAAAUUAAUGUUCAAAAAGUUUCUGUAAAAAAUACUGACGAGAAAAAAACGUUAGAAACAAAUGAACAAAGCGUCGAGAAAAAAUUAUUACAUGCUAAAAUAAAACAAUUAGCUAUUGCAAAAUUAUGUGAAUUGCAAGAAAUUCAUGAAGAUAUAACUGAAGAUCUUAAAAAUAUUGAAACAAUUAUUCCAAAUGUUUUACAAGAACAGGAAAUUCUUAUCAAGAGUGAAAUUGAUUACUCAAAACCGAACGUUCAACAAGAUUUCCAAAUAAGCCAACAAGAAGAACUUAGUGAAAUGGAUACUUUAACCGAACAACAAAGUAAUUUAAGCAAAUUAAAAGAACAUUUUACUUCUGUUAUAAAGAAUGAAAUUUCAGAAAUUGUGGAAGAAUUAGCAUCUAAUUACAAAAAUAAAGGUGAACAGUAUGCAGAGGCCUUAAAUUCCGAAGAGUUACAACUUAAAGAUAAGAUCAAUGAUUUGAAAUUACAAAAAUAUAAUAUCGAACUUCUAUCUGAUUCUGCAUUGGAUGAAGAGAGUACUGUAAAUUACGAAAAUCCAUCAGAAAAAGUGAAAGCUAUUGAUACGGAAAUUUCAUCAAAUGAAACAAAAUUACUGACUUCACAAAUUAAAAAACUUGCGGUUGCAAAAGUAACAAAUAUAAAUACACAAACAGAAAAAUUGGAAGACUUGUUUGAGGACGCUUUAUUAAGCUUACCAAAUAUCAUUGACGAAGAAGAGAAACUUUUACAGGCUGCAGUAAAAACAAAAGCUGAGGUGUUGGAAUCGGUUCAAACUACGAAACAAGAAGAAGUAAAAGAUGUUAGUAUCGUAAAACAACAAACUGUUGAAAGACCAGAUUUACAAGAAAUUGAUUCAGUGGAAGCUCAACAAAAGUUGGAAAAUAUACAUAAAUUGAAACAAUAUUUCACUAAUGUGGUAGCCAACGAUAUGUCAGAAAUUGUUGAGGAAUUAAUAUCGAAUUCUAAAGAUGUUAAUUAUGCCACCGAAUUAAAAGUUGAUGAAGUUCAAAUCAAAGGAAAAAUCAAUUAUUUAGCUAAAUGGCAAACGUAUAACCUUGAAAAAUUAUCAACAAUUCCUUUGGACGAAGCUGAAGAUAUCUCUCAAAAAGAAGGUAUAUUAGAAAAAGUUAACACCCUACAACAAGAAAUUAACUUAAAUGAAGCAAAAUUAUUAAAGACUCAAAUUAAAAUUAUGGCAUUAGCAAAAGUAGACGAAAUUACUGAUAAAUCAAAACCUUUGGAAGAUCUAUUCCAAGAUGCAUUGCUUAGUAUACCAAACGUUCUUCAAGAAGAAGAGCAAUUAGUUUAUAUGGCUACUAAAGUAGAGACGCCCGAUGUAAAAUUCAUACCAAAAUCGAAGGAAUUAGCCGCAAAAAAGAAUGCUGUAAAACUUCGAGAACAAAUUAAAAACGAAUUAAACAGUAGUAAUGAAGAUAUACUUAAACUAAGACAGCAUACUACUAAUUUCAACGAGGGAGAAAUAAAUAAAAUAGUUGAAGAAGUAGCUUUGAACGCCAGAGAUGGAGAUGAUUAUACUAAGCGACUAAAAACAGAAGAAAAACGUUUAAAAGAAAGAAUAAAAGACUUGAAAUGGCAAAGAUAUAAUUUAGAAAGAUUAUCCAGCAUGUCAACAGAUAAAUCUGAAAAUCAAAACGAUAUUUUAGAAACAGCGAAAAUUUUAGAACAUGAAAUAUCUUACAAUGAAGGAAAAUUAAUGAAUACACAAAUUAAAAAGAUGAUGAUAGCAAAUGUAGCCGAAGUUAUUGAUCAAACCGAGAACUUGACUAAUUUAUUCCAGGAUGUUCUUUUAAAUUUGGUUACUGAAUUACAGAAUGAAGAAUUGAUUAGUAAACCUACACCAGAAAUUCCUUCUACUGCUGAUGGCUCAGUUGCGGCAACGGAAACGAAAGAACAAGAACAACCUAAACCUCUUGACGAAAUAAAAUCAAGAGAUGAAGACAAAUCUCAAGCAAUAGAUCAAAUAACAGCUUCUUUAGACGAAACAAAAGCUCCAGAGCAUGUAGAGAAAAAAGUAGCAGAAGAAAGUACAGAGAGCAAAGUAACAGAAAACAAAGAAACAGAAUCAGUUUUGACUGAGGAAAUAGAAAAAAUUGCAGACAAAUCUCAAACAGCAAAAGAUAUUAGUAGUCUAAAAUCAAAAGAAACAAAAGAUAUUGUCGUAAUCGAACCUGAAAAAGCGAAGGAAGAUAAACUUCAAGUAUUGGAAAAGAUGAGAACUGAUGGUGAAAAACCAAAAGAAACAAUUACUUCAAAAGAAGUCACAAUUGAAAAAUUCGAAAAGAAGACAGCCGAAGACGAAAAAUCAAAAGAAACAACAACUGUUGGUCAAUCACCAUUAAUAGAAAAGAAGAAUGUCCGCGAUGAGAAAGAAGAACAAACAAUUUCUACAAAAGAAUGUGUUGAAGAGGAACUUCCAAUCUUUGAAAAGGUAGAAACUGGCGAGAAAGAAACAGAAAUAAUUUCCAAAAAAGAAACCGUUGAAGAAAAAACUAAAGCAUCGGAAAUGAAGAAAACUGGCAAUGAAAAAACAAAACAAACGCAGGAGGAAACAAAAGAAAUUGACUUGGAUCAAAAACUUCAAAGUAUAGCCAAACUAAAAGAACAUUUUGCGACUGUAACAAAAUACGAAAUAGAAGAAGUUGUUGAAGAAUUAAAAUCAGAAGCAAAAGAUACUGCCUAUGCUGAAAAAUUAGAAGCUGAAGAAGAAAGAUUAAAAUGCCGUAUAGAUGAUUUAAAAUGGCAACAAAAUUAUUUAGUACGUUUGACAAAAAUUCCUUCCGAAGAAUUUGAUGAUGUAUCAGAAAAGAGUGAUAUUGUCAGAAAAGUAAAAAAAUUAGAUAGAGAAAUAACAUCAAAUGAAGAAAAGCUGUUGGGUACUCAAAUAAAGAAGCUUGCAUUUGCUCAAGUUAAAAGUAGUAACGAACCUUCGGAAAAACUAGAUGAUUUGUUCGAAGAUGCUCUUUUAAACAUUCCAAAUAUACUUCGAGCGGAAGAAAGAAUUCUACAAAAUCCAUUGAAACCGAAAGAAGAUGUACACGUAGUAAUCGAGUCGAAAACAACAGAAGAAUUGCAGCAGAAACUUUCAACAGGUGACAAAUUAGAAAUAAUAGAAAAAGAUUCAGUUACUGAAAAAUCUGAAACUAAAUUACCAGCAGUAGAAAAAUCUAAGUUAGAAGAAAAGGUAUCUGAAAAAGGUAUAGAUCCAGAAAUGCUUAGUAAAUUAAUGCAACAUCAUGCAACUGUAGCAAAAACUGAAAUGUCAGAGCUAGCAAACGAGCUAGUAUCGAAUGCACAAAACCAGAAUUAUGCAGAACAAUUAGAUAAUGACGAAGCGCAAUUAAAAUCUAAAAUAAAUGAUUUAAAAUGGCAACGAUAUAAUCUUGAAAAAUUAUCAGACAUUACUUUAGAAAAUACUGAUGAUAUAGUUAAAAAUGAAAGUGUAUUAGAAAAAGCUCAAAUUCUUGAAGACGAAAUUUUCCUUAAUGAAGUGAAUCUUUUAAACAUACAAAUUAAAAAACUAGCUUUAGCAAAAGUUUCCGAAAUUACAUAUCAACCUGAAAUUGUCGAAGAUUUAUUCGAAGAUGCUUUAUUAAGUUUUCCGGAUAUACUUUUAGAGCAGAAAAAAUUCAUUGAAGACAUGUCUCAAAUAUCCGUCACAUCACCAGAAAUACAAAAAUUGAGUGAAAUACAACAGAUAUCAGAAAAAACGAAGGAAUUAGAAAACGUUAUCAAAUUAAAGGAACAUAUUGCUGCUGCAACAAAAGAUGAAAUUGCAGAAAUAGUCAAGGAAUUAACUACUGAAACCAAAGAUGAUAACUAUGCUAACAAAUUAAAAACAGAGGAUACGAAAUUGAAAGCAAAAUUAAAUGACUUAAAAUGGCAAAGGUAUAAUCUAGAACAUUCUAUAAAGAUGCGUUCAGGACAAGCUGAUAACAGAACUGAAACUGAUAAAGAUUCUUUAGAAAAGCUUAACAUUCUAGAACAAGAAAUAUCACUAAAUGAGACAAAAUUACUAGAGAAUCAAAUUAAAAUAAUGGCAUUAGGACAAGUCGCAGAAAUUAAGGAUGAAAGUGAAAAUAUUGAAGCGUUGUUCGAAGAUGCUCUUUUAACAUUACCCAAUGUACUUAUUGAAAAAGAAAACUUAUUGUCCCAAAGUAUGCCUGCAGUUAUUGAAACAUCAAUUGCCCUUCAAGAAGCAAAAACAGCAAUUCAAGCUGAACUAACCUCUGAAGAAAAGAAAGAAGAAGUCAAAGAUAAGACAGAAAAUGAAGAAAAAACUAUUUCUGUCGAAGAAGAAAAGUUACAAGAGAAGUCAGUUGAUAAAAAAAAGGAAAAAGUUACGAAGUUACAAAAAGAUAAUGAGACCGAAGACAAAACAGUGAUUACAAAAAAAGAAGAUAUUGGUAAAGAAAAACUUGAACUAAAAGAUAAAGAAAAACCAGAAAUAAGAUCAGUUGAAAAAAUAGGUGAUGAAAAGGAAGUCAAAACAGUGGAUAAGAUAGAGAAAGGAGAUGAUAAAAAUCAAGUGCAAAGUAAAGAAGUUCUAGAAGAAAAGCAGGAACGAGAUAAAGCCACCACCAAGACUUCUGAUGACUCUGAUGAUUUAAAAGAAAAAAUUGUUGUAAAGGAAGAAAGUAUCAAAGCAGAGAAAGAUAAAGUAGAGGAUAAAUUUGAUGAAAAGAAAGAACAAAAAAUUGAAAUCACAGCAAUUGGCAAUGAAAAACAGAAACCAGCUGAAGAAAAAAAAGAGAAAGAAAUAUCGGAAAAAACUCUUGCUAAGACCGGCGAAACUGCUGACGUAAAAUUAGAACCAAAAGUAGAAAGUAAAGCAGCGGAAGAGAGCCAAGAACUCAUAGAAGAUUUAAAAAAAGAAAAAAUAGAAGAGAAGGCAGUUGAUAAGGAAGAACAGAAAGUUAUCGAAGAAAAAAAGAAAACAGAUAUAUUAGGCGAAGAGGUAGAUCAAGAAGCCGUUGUAGAAAAGGAAGAACAAGUGGUAGAAAGCAAGUCUGUUGAAGCAGAAAAGGAAAAACUUGCUAAAGAAACAGUUGAAAAAAAAGAGAAACUUACCAAAGAAAAGAAAGAAGAAAAAGUUGCAGACACAGCGAGUAAAGCAAAAGAUGUUGAUAGAAAUAUUGAAGCAAACAAAGGCGAAAUAAGCGAAGCAGAAGAUAAAGAAAUAUUGAUUAAACUACAACAAUAUUAUGAGAAUAUGACUGAAAAUGAAAAGCAUGAAGUUGCAAAAGAAUUAACAAUAAAUGCCACCGAUGAAGAAUAUUGUAAACAACUUAUCGCCGAUGAAGCAAAAUUAAAAGCUAAAAUAAAUGAUUUAAAAUGGCAACGUUAUAAUCUAGAAAAAUUGUCAAAUGUUGCGCUGGAACAAAUCGAUAAUAUACCAGACAAUGAUACAAUGUUAGAAAAAUUACAUAUUUUAGCCAAAGAAAUUACAUUAAAUGAAGCUACUCUUCAAAAUAUUCAAAUAAAAAAAUUAGCUCUUGCUCAAGUCGCUGAAAUAGUUGAUAAAUCAGAAAAUUUGGAAGAUUUGUUUGAAGAUUGUCUUCUUAAUAUGCCAUCAAUAUUAGAAGAAGACAAAAUUCGUCUUGUAUCUCAGCCUACAAUAAUCUCAACAAUUAUUUCACAGAUUCAAAAAGUUAAAGAGGAACAAAUUAAAGUCACACCGUUAGAGGCUAUUCAAGAUGACUCAGCCUCAUUAUCGCCUGAGAAAGAAAUAGAACAAAAACUUGAUAGCAUUUUGAAACUAAAAGAAUAUUUAACGUCAGUAACUCAAGAUGAAGUGGCGGAAAUAGUAGAAGAAUUGAAAUCAAAUUCUAGCAAUGAAGAUUACGCUGAACAAUUAGAAAUCGAAGAAACACAAUAUAAAGCUAAUAUUAGUGAAUUAAAAUUGCAAAAACAUAAUUUGGAAGAAUCUUCGAGUAUCAUAUUUGAAAAAACAGAAAAUAUUGAAUUGGAAGAUUUACUUUUAGAGAAAGCAAAUGUAUUAGAACAUCAAAUAACACAGAAUGAAGCUAAAUUACUAAAUACGCAAGUUAAAAAACUUGCACUUGCAAAAGUAAAUGAAAUUGCAGAGAUAUGUGAAAAUAUAGAAGGAUUAAUUGAAGAUGUCGUGUUAAGUAUCCCUGCAAUUCUUCAAGAAGAAGAGCAUAUGCUUCAAAAUGUCAUAAAAAUUGAAACUCCAUUAGUUAAAACUGAAAUACCUGUAUCGAAAGUUGAAUCUUCAUUGGCUAAAACAGAAGAAUUUAUGUCAAAACCGAUAGAAGCCCUUAUAGAAUCAGAAGAACAAAUGACAACAGAGGAUAUCGAACAAUUAAAUUUACAUUAUAGUUCAGUAACAUCAGCGAAAAUAGCCGAAUUCAUAAAAGAAUGGCAAUCAGAUAACGAUGAAAUUGCCUACGCAAAUAGAUUAAUAGCGGAGGAAAAACAAUUAACUGCUGCUAUAAAUGAAAUUAAAGCACAUAAAGUAUUAUUAGAAUCAAUUUCCACGUUGCAAAACGGAAACUCUGAAGAUUUAGAAAAUAAAAGGAAUUUGGAACAAAUUGCAAUCUUAGAACAAGAAGAAUUGCUUUUAAACAAUAGAUUAAAAGAUAAUCAAAUAAAAAAAAUUGCUAUUGCAAGCGUAUAUCUGGAAAGCAAUGAAGAAGAGGAGAAAGUGGAUUUAUUGAAAAAAAUAUUUUUAAACAUGUUGAAUGUACUAAAAGAGAAAAGCGAAAAAUUGAAAGGAAAAUCAGAAAAUGAUAAAGAAAGUGAUACUGAAGAAGAAAAUAUUAAAUUAAGUGAAAAAUUAUUCAUGGAUUCUAAACAAGAAAAGAAAGAAGAUAUCGAAAAGAAAGAACAAGAUUUGAAGAAGCAAAAAGAAGCUACACAAACCGAAAAUGUGCUGGAAAAAACUGAAAGUGAUUUAAAAGCAGUCGAAGAAAAAUUAAUAAAUAAAGAUGAAAAACUACAAGAGACAAAAGUAAAGGACAUAAAAUCAAAAUCAGACACCCAAUCUACAAUUGAUUUGGAAGUGUCGAAGGAAGAAAGAUUUUUAAAACAAGAAACUAGUGUUUCGGUAGAAGAUAAAUUAGAAAAAACAGUUGAGAAAGAAAAAGAUACAACAAAAGACAAAACGGUUAAAAACGAUGAGGAUACAAAAUCAGAAUCGGCAUCUAAAACAAAAGAAAAAAAAGUAGGAGAUAAAGAUUCAAAUGAUACAGACAAAAACAAGCAAGAAGAAAUUCUUGAAAAUAAAAAAGAAAAAUUGGAAUUAAAGAAAUUGAAGAGUGUAGAAGAAAAUAAAUCAGAAAAUUCAGCUAAAACUGAAGAAAAGAUAGCAGACGAAAAUAAAGCAAUUAAAAAAAGUUCUGCCAAAUUAAAAGAUGAAAAAGAAUCAAUUGAAGUUGAUAGUCACAUUACUCAAGAACAAAAAGAAGAAGUAACCGAAAAAGAAGCAGAGAAAAAAUCUGAAUUAAGUGAAUCUAAAAAGCUUGAAAGUAAAAAGAAAGAUGAGCAUAUUGCAGAUCAAGUAAUUGAAAAGAAAGAAGAAAAACAAAUAGAAGUUUCUAUUGAAGAAGAGAAAACGAAAACCGAACAAACAAGCAUAAUUACAAAAGAUGAAAAAUCUACUAAAUUAGAGGAAAAAGAUUCAAAACAACUUGAUAUUACUAAAAAGGAAGAAAGCAAAGAGGAAGAAGUUGAAAAAAAUAUAGAAAAAGCAAAGGCCAGGGAAUUACUAGAUAAUAAAACAGAAGUAAAAGAAAAUAAGGAAAAAACGGAAGAAAGACAAACAUCAAUCGAAGAGAAAGCAAGUGAACAAAAAGAGAAAACAGAAAGAACAUUAGACGAAAAACAAAAAGUCGAAAGCAUUAACAAACAACAAGAGGCACAAAAUAAGUUACUUGAAAAGACAGAAGAAAUAAAAUUAUCUUCUGAAACUAGUGAUGAAAAGGAAAAAACUAUUCAGAAACUAACAGAAACGUCAAAAAAGAUAAGUGAAUCGUCUUCUGAUAUUAGCGAUAAAAACAAAGAAAAAUCAGAUAAAAAGACUGAUAAAAAGACUGAUAAAAAAUUAUCAGAAGAAGUAAUGAGUACCGAGCAGAAAGAGAUAACAGAUAGUACAAAACUAGAAAGUAAUAAGAAAACUGAAGAGAAAGAGGAAAGAAAAAUUAAAACACUUUCUGAAAUCACUACCGAAAAGAAAGGAGAAAUGAAAGUUAAAACACUCAAUGAACAGAGCGAAGAAAAUCAAGUGAAAUCAUCUACUGAACUUGCUGCCGAGGAAAUAGAGAAAAUUAAAGAUACAUCUCUUGAACCGAUUAAUGAUAAAAACGAGGAAACAAAAACCGAAUCACUUUCUAAGUCCAUUGAUGAGAAAACGGAAGACAAAAAAGACAAAUUAUCGACAAAACCUUCCGUUGAAAAGAUAGAAGAAACAAAAGAGAAAACAUCUCCCGAACAACCCGCAGAAACAAAAGAAGAAAUAGGAGUGCAGUCAUCUACUGGAACAUCCGGUAAAGAAACUAAACGUAAAUCAUUUUCUGAGCCUAUCGAUGCGAAGAAGAAAGAUCAGAAGGGAAAAACAUCUCCCGAACCUGCCAAAAUAUCAGAUGAACCUAUCGUUGAAAAGAAAGAAGAUAAACCAACUUCAGAAUCUACUGAAGAAAAGAAAGCAGAAACUCAAGUAAAACCAUCUUCUGAAUCUACCGAGGAAAAGAAACAAGAUGAGAAGGUAGGUAAAAAAACCCAGUCUUCUACUGAAACAGAAAAGAAAGAAGAAAUAAAAAGAAAGUCAUCUGUUGAAACCAAUGAUCUUAAAUCAAGUCCUGAGCCAAUUGAUACAAACGAAGAAACGAAAACAAAAAGAUCUGCUAAACCUACUGAAGAAAAGAAAGAAGUGCAAAAAGUUGAACCAUCCAAUGAGCCUGUUGAAGAAAAACAAAGUAUAACAAUAGCUAAGCCCACAGAAGAAAAGAAAGAAGCUGAACACACUUCUAAGCCUAUCGAUAAAAAUAAAGAAGAAUCGAAAGUUGAACCAUCUCCUAAACCUACUGAUGAGAGCAAAGAAAAAUCUAAAUCUAAAACAUCUCCUGAAAGUACAGAAGAAAAGAAAAAAGAAAAGAAAGAAGACGCAAAAGUUGAACAAAUUUCUAAGCCUAUCGUAGAAAAUAAAGAAGAGUCGAAAGUUGAACCAUCUUCUAAACCUAUUGAUGAAAAGAAAGAAAAAUCAAAAGCUAAAACACCUCCUGAACCUGCGGAAGAACCAAAAGUCGAACCAGCUCUUAAACCUACUGAUGAAAAGAAAGAAAAAUCUAAAUUUAAAACGUCUUCUGAAUCUACAGAAGAAAAUAAAAAAGAAAAAAAAGUUGAACAAACUUCUAAGCCUAUCGUAGAAAAUAAAGAAGAAUCGAAAGUUGAACCAUCUUUUAAACCUAUUGAUGAAAAGAAAGAAAAAUCAAAAGCUAAAACAUCUCCUGAACCUACAGAAGAACCAAAAGUCGAACCAUCUCCUAAACCUACUGAUGAAAGCAAAGAAAAAUCUAAAUCUAAAACAUCUCCUGAACCUACGGAAGAAAAGAAAAAAGAAAAAAAAGAAGACAUAAAAGUUGAACAAACUUCUAAGCCUAUCGUAGAAAAUAAAGAAGAAUCGAAAGUUGAACCAUCCCCUAAACCUACGGAUGAAAAAAAUCAAAAAUCAAAAGCUAAAACAUCUCCUGAACCUACAGAAGAAAAAAAAGAAGAUUUAAAAGUUGAACCAACUCGUAAAUCUACUCAUGAAAAGAAAGAAAAAUCAUGUACAGAAGAAAAGAAAGAAGAUGCAAAAAUUGAACAAACUUCUAGCCUUGUUGAUGAAAAGAAAGAAGAAACGAAAGUUGAACAAUCUCCUAAAUCUACUGAUGAAAAGAAAGAAAAAUCAAAAGCUAAAAAAUCUCCAGAACCUACAGAAGAACCAAAAGUUGAAUCAACUCCUAAGCCCACUGAUGAAAAGAAAGAAAAACCGAAAACUAAAACAUCUUCUGAACCUACAGAAGAAGAAAAAGAAGUUGUACCAACUCCUAAGCAUGUUGAUGAAAAGAAAGAAGAAACAAAAGUUGAGCCAUAUGCUAAGCCUAUUAUAGAAAAGAAAGAAGAAUCUAAAGUUGAACCAACCCCAAAACCUAUCGAUGAAGAGGAAGAAAAAUUAAAAGCUAAAACAUCUCCCGAACAAAAGAAAGAAGUUCCAAAAUUAGAACCAACUUCUGAGUCUGUUAAUGAAAAGAAAGAAGAAACAAAAUUGGAAUCAUCUCCAAAGCCUAUUGAGGAAAAGAAAGAAGAAACAAAAGUUGAACCAUCUCCUAAAUCAUCUCCUGAACCUACAGAAGAAAAGAAAGAAGAGAAGAAAAUAUAUCCAGAAGUUAAAUCAACUCAAAAGUCUGUUGAUGAAAAGAAAGAUGAAACAAUAGUUGAAUCAUCUUCUAAGCUUACUGACAAAAAGAAAGAAGAAAGAAAAGCUGAACCAUCUCCUGAACCUAUUGAAGAAAGGAAAGACAAAUCAAAAGCUAAAAUAUCUCCAGAACCUACAGAAGAAAAGAAAAAAGAAACGAAAGAAGACGAAAAAAUUAAAUCACCUCCUACGCCUAUUGAUGAAAAGGAGGAAAAAUCCAAAUACAACGCAUCUCUUGAAUCUACCGAAGAAAUAAAAAAAGAAAUGAAAGAAGACGCAAAAGUUGAACCACCUUCUAAGACUAUUGAUGAAAAGAAAGGAGAAACGAUAGUAGAAACUAAAUCUUCUCCUGAACUUACUGAACAAAAAGAAAAAAUUUCAAAAGAAAAAACAUCACCAGAACUGACUGUAGGCGAAAAAGAUGAAAAAGAAAAGAAACUGAAACCUAGUUCCAAAUCUAGCGACAUAGACAAUGAUGAUCAAAAAAAUAAAUCAGCCGUUGACAAGAAAGCUAAAUCACCGCCUAAACCUAGUGUAAAAAAGAAAGAUGAUAAUAAAGAGAAAAAAUCAGAGGUAAAAAAAGAUGAAGAAAAAUCAAUGUCCUUAAGUAAAGAAUCAGAACUUAAAACAGAUAAAGAUAUUAAAUCGAAGUCGGCGCAAGAUGAUAAGUUCGAUUCGAAACAUUCCAAAACACUUGAUGAUGACAAAAAAGGAGAUAAAGAAAAUACAAUUGAAAAGAAAAAAGAAAGCGAAUCCUCAGUUUCUUCUAAAUUAGAUGAAGUUAAAUCUCGUAGUGAACAUAUUAAACGGAAAGAAAGCAUAAGGUUACUUGAAAAACAAGACAAGGACACUAAAAAAGAAACUGUGGUACAAAAAGAGGAAAUUUCUAAAGUAGAUACAACUAAUCGAAAAAUAGAAGAUACAAAACAAAUUAUGAAAGAUACAUCACGCAAGGACUCAUCAACAUAUAAGUCAACCAUUACCAAAAAAGAUCAACAACUUGAAAGUAGUACGCAAGAAAAGGAUACUCUCAUAAAAUCCACUGAUGAUCAAAUUCAAUCGUAUACUUCGACAAGCACUUACAGGCAAAUUUCAAAUGCAGAUGUUGCAGAUAAAAAGGCAGGAAUUGCAGUAGGUCGUGAUAGGAAAACUACCGACGCAUACCAAAAAGAUACUGAGAUAAGCACUAAACGAUUUGGUGCUAUUCCCAAACGUGUAGAACCCUCAAAAGACAUAAGCAGAUUAAAAGUUGAAGUUCCCACUAGUAAUUGGGAAUCAAGAAGCCUUGCUUUAAGCAAUAGACAAGCAUCGCCUUCAAAACAUUACCAUAAAUAUGAUAAUAUUAUUAAAGAUACUGAAAUUUCACGAUCGUUCAAAAAUGCUGAUGAAAUUAAGAAGGGAUACAAAACAAUAAUUUCUGAUUAUCAAACGGGAUCAAAAGUAUUAAAACAAGAAAAACAAUUACUUUCGUCACUAUCGGAUUAUUCAAAAUCUGUGUCACUAACAAGUGCUACAAUCUCGCCUAAAACUUACAGCGUUGAACCUUUACUUUUUGCGCGUGAUAAACCAAGAUCGAAAUAUAAUGGUAAUCUUUAUUCACAUACUAGCUCGGAUAACUCUUAUCAGGCUUUACGAGACACACGUAAAACACACGAUCGUAUACAAAAUUUAAUCAGUUUAUCAGAGUCUGUAACAAAUUCGCUAAUCUCAACAAACACAAUUACGUACAGUGACUAUGAAAAAUGUAGCAGAAAAAAUAGACAUGCAAUUCGGGCUAAUUUACAAAUAUCAAAAUAUAAACCAUCAAUUGAUCUAAAUUAUUAUGAUGGGUAUAAUCGAAUUUCACAAAUUAAUCGAAUAAUGGAUUUCGAACCAUAUUAUGAUCACUAUUUCAAGUUACCAAUGAUGUCUGCAGUUUAUAAAUCGAAUAUUGAACGAUCUUAUCUUUAUCCACGCCGUUAUGAAGUAACUCUUUAUUGUGGAUUUUUAAGACGACAUGAAACUAUUGUAAGGGGGUAUAAUCGUUAUAAAUAUGGUGGACAUAGUUAUCCAAAAAUUAUAAAGCACGAUGCUGAUGAAAGUUUUAAUUUGAAUGCUGUUAAAUUCAGUUGUUAUGAGAAUUGUCAUUCUUAUGAAACUUGUCGCCAUCAACCAGAUGCCAGAUCGUUGGUGAAUACAACCACAGGUAAAUUGGUAUUAGGACAAAAAGGGUAUAUGGAAGUAUGUCCUCUGAGGUCGCAACAUCGUUCAGUUAAAUGGAGGAGUCCUGAUUCCGACAAAUAUUUAAAAGGAGAUGCAGGAACCGAUACAAUUACAACCAGAGUACGUUCAAGUUUAGUUUUUGUAAGUGUUAAACCUAAGGCUAGAGCAAAUUCAGAUCAUGACAUUCCCAAAAUAAAAACGCUGAGAUCAUGCACAAGUACUUCCAAACAUUCAAGCUAUUACCCAAGACUUCAGAAAUCAACAACAUUGUUUAUUUCACAACCAGAUUCUUUAAUAUCAGUUGCACCAGGACAAGAUAUCACUGUAUCGUUUGAGAUUAAUCCAGAUUCCAAUGCCAAAGUGAACUGGACUAAACGAACAAUUGAUGUAACAAGGAAUCCUAGAUUUAGGACGGAAUCAUUUGGAAAUGUUACGAAAUACAUACUUAAAAAUUCAAAUUACGAUGAUAUGGGCACGUAUUGUUUAUCCGCUGAAAAUAAUUAUUCAACCAGUAAGGCAUUUGUAACGGUUACAGUUGAUAAUAAUUGUAUCUAUAAAAAUACAACGUAUUAUAAGUUAUUAAAGAAACAUAAUUUACCAAGUAUUGGAUCAAGUAGAACAAUGCCAACAUAUUCAAAACUUCAAGAUAUGCAACUCACUACAUACAAACCAACGAAUGUUAUUACUUCAUAUUCCAUGGUACCUCCAAUCUUUUAUACAUUACCACAUAACACAGUAGCAGAGAUUGGUGAAUCAGCACGGUUUCAAGUAACAGUUGGUGGGUAUCCAUCACCAACUGUUACAUGGACAAAAGAUGGACUUGUAAUUGGUCGUAACUCAAAAAACAGAGUUAUAGAAAAAUUUAAUACCAAAGUGUUGGAAGUAACACUCAUAGCAGCUGAAGAUGCUGGUAUAUACACAAUAACUGUACAAAAUGAAGCAGGACGAGCUUCGGCAUCGGCGAGAUUAGAUAUAAUUACUAUGAAAAAUAAACCCUAUAAUUUACGAAUGUAAUAAAAAGUUUUCCGUGUAAUAUU